UAUAAGAUCAUAAAAAGAAAACAUAUAUUUUCUUUAUAGCAACUAUAUAAAGUUGUUUGGUGAUAUAUAUAUAUAUAUAGGAUAGAUUAAAGAUACACUAUUUUACUUUUAUGUAAAGACGAAUAAAUUCGAUCAUUUAAAACUAACUACGCGAACUUUUUUAUUCAGUGAAAAUUUUCUUAAAUAUACGAAUAAGAAUGAAUGAACAAUAUACGUUUUAUAUAAAUACCAAUGACAAUUAUAAAUUUAAGAAACUAUAAAAUAUCUGCAUUAUAUAACAAAAUUAUAAAAAGAGCGAAAGACGAUUCUUUCGUAAGCGGAAGUAAUGAACACAAACGAUACUUAUGUUUUUCGCGUAACGUAAUAUUUACGACAGUAGAAAGGAAAAUCCGAGGGUAUGAUGAACUAACGUCAAUUGCGUUCAAUAUGUUGACAAAAACAUUUCCGUUGCAGAGCCUCAUCGCUAGGCAAAACUAUAUUGCGUCAUCUAAAUGACGUAAUAAACGACGGCCAUUGACGCGGCCGUUAUCAAUAGAAGGCGCAACCUGAAUUGUUCACAAGAUAUUUUAUUAAAACGUUAUGCGUUAUUAAUUAAAUAUCGAAUUGAUAUAGUUUUGUUUACUAGCUUUUUAUAAACAAUUCGUUUGAACACGUAAUAUAAAACACUUAUCUCAAAUAUUAUCCGAGAGUAACCCAAUUGAUAUUGCUUCGAGGUAUUUAUUUGGUAAUCAAAAUAUCGUUAAACGUAAUUGACGAUAAUAUUUUAUCAUUUCUUCAAAAUAUUCUAAAUGUUAUAUAUUUUAUUAAUAUUAUCUUUGUGUUGUUAACAAAUUUAGAGAAAUGUAAUAGCUCCUUUCAUACAAACAUUUUCAUUUAUAAACAAAUGAUGAGUCACGUAAGCAGUUAAAUAGAACAGUAUUAGUAUAGUCAUUGGACCUUCGAAAGAUAUUUUUUGUGUUUACAAUGUUGUGUCAUAUCCCCCAUAGAAAAACAAAUAAUAAACACCUACUCACUUUCUCUUUCUCUCUCUCCUUUUGUGUGAUAACUUAAAUAAUAGAAUUACUCAAGAGAAAAAAUAUUAUUAAUAACAAAACGUUUCUUUUAUAUACAAAGCACAUCCUCUUUCAAAGUUUCUAUCGACAUAGUUCAUUCUACAAAUGUUAUCGCGCAACGUUAAUUGGUGCUUAAUAAGAAUGAAUUUAAAUUGACUCAUCUUCGCUCGUUGUUAACAAUUGUGUGUAUUUUAAGUCACAAGUAGAGCAAUUCGUUUGUCAAACUUUUCUUUUUCACUUUUCCAUUAUAUAAAUGCUUUCGAACAUUCUAGACAAUAAUCAUAGUAGAAAUUGACUUUUUGAUAGAAUCGUAUUGUUCUUUUCUCUUAUUUUUCCAAGAUAGAAAUAUCUUCUAUGAUCUUUUUAUCUUUCCAGCUAUCUUAAAGUAUGAAUUAUCGUUUCAAGCAUCGUCUUCAAACGUUUCAACUAAUUAACAAAAACUAACAACGGCGAUAACGUUUAUAUAAGAUAACUCAUAUAACGUGAUUAAUUUGAAGAUUUUCAAGGUUGCUGUUUUCGUUUUCUUCUUUAUCUUCAUUAUUCUUCGUUUUUUUAUCCUUUUAUUCGUUUCAUGAAAGUUUAAACGGUUUAUCUUAUAUUUUUUGAGAUUUAAUUGAAAGAUUUCUUCUUGUGUUAAUCGGUACAUAACAUUCUACUUGAAUUACAUUAGGAAAAACUUAAAAAAUAAAAUAACUAUAUUUCAUAGAGCACAAAUGUGCAUUUAAUUAGAUCACAUGGAAUCCAUAAUACGUGUGUAAUUUUAUAUCACGAGAUAUCGAAUAUCUCUCAGCACACUUAUCGCAGUUUGGUAGAUCUAGCACAAAUACUUCAUAACACGCGUAAAACGGAUAUCGGCAUAGUUCGUCAAAGAUGUUCUAUAUUGCUAAUGAUAAAAGGUGUGUACGCGCUUACAAAUAUAUCGGUUACUCAUAAAAUGUAUUAUCCGUUUCCUCAAUUACCACAGUCAAAUAUUUUCUUCUUUUCCUUUUUCUUUACAAUUUUCUAAAGUUAUUUUUACUUGUCUAACUACCUAAAAUUAUUAACUAUAGUUAAACUUGCGUGUUACGUUUAUCAAUUAAAUAAAUUAUGAUUUAAUUUAUUUCUCACAUAUUUAAAUGAAAGUUUUUAAAAAUAUUCGAAUAAAAGAAAAGAACUUAUAAAUGAUAAAUUUGAACUCGCUAGAGAUAUGAAUGAUUAUUACGGUAUUAUAAUAAAUCGUAAAGUCGUAUGAUUGUAGUUGAUUGUGAAACAACAGGGGCGUCUUAUCAUAUGCCAAUUACUGUAUUUCUUUUUAUACGGUUCAACGAUCAUUUUUUGUUUAAAUUGUCCCUUUGAAAAACAUAGCUUAAUGUACUUUCGACUUGGAACCUUCUGCUAUGGUAAUAAGAUUUAUCAAUGGGAUACGUUAUCUUGUUUACCGUGGUGCCUAUUGCGUUUAAUAAUACUCGACUUCUUCAAUAGAUUCUUCAAAUUCACAAGGUGGCUCGUACAAAACGUUAGAAAUUGCAAUUACAUUGAUACAAUUAAAUGACCAUUUAAAAUAAAUUCUUUAUUCUCGUAUUACGUAAUAAGAUUUUUCAAGAAAAAAAUCUCAAAUAUUUCCUCAAUUGAAAUUUAAUUAAAUGUUGUUUUACGAGCUUAAAAAAGAUCGAAUAACAUUUUAGAUCGAUCACACGGUACGUACAAUACAGCAGGUCAAUAACACAUUAAUAAAAGUUACGACGAAGUAAUUGGAAUUUAAAAUUAAACAAACAAUUCAUUGAUAUUUUUGUUUAUUUUGAUAUAAAAAAAAGAAAUUAAAGAAUGCGCGUUGGGAUUUCACGAAACUGAUGCAAGAGAAUUCAACUAUGCACAAAGAAAUCGUUGUUUCUUUUUUCUAUCAAUAAAAUUAUCACUUUUAGAGCAACACGUAAUAACCUUGAGUAGUAACCACUUGAUUUUCUUUAUCUUUUUUUAUGAUAAAAAAAUACGUUACAUCGUUAACACGUCUAUCGAUCGUCAAUCGAUACAAUCUGUUCAACCACAUUUUCCAACUAUAAUGAAGAAAAUAUCUGUAAAGCUUAAUAUAAAACAAUAUUGCAUUUGUAAAAAUAUUUUCUGAUUGUGCACCUAUUUACCAAGAAGAAAAUCAUAAAAAAUUUUAACGGAAGAUCAUGGUCGAAAUCAAUAUUUUUCUAACAUAUACGGGUACGUCUAUCGUGUACCUUGGAUUUUAAGUGGAACGCGCCGAUCAUGGUGGUAAAUAUUAAAGUUCACUGAGCGUAAAGAGGGAAGAAGAAAAAGAAUAACGAAGUAACUUGCGUAUUUCCAGCACGUGCUUCUGACAAAUUUUCCAUUCCCUCUAUACGCGGUGUUUCUUGUGCAAAGCCCAAAGGAGGAGUGGGAGAAAUCGACGAGACUGACGCUACUAGACACGUGAGAGUUUAUCAAUCUACGAGUUAUAAGGGGUGGAGAGGAGAAGGAAAAGGUAGAGAAAGAAAAAGGUUACUCGAAACGUGAUACAUAGGGAAGAGACAUUAACAAAGGAUAGCAAUAAAGGAUAGUACAAAGAGAAAGAAAGAAAGAAAAAAAUAUAGAAAGGCAAAUAGAUAUUUAAACUCGUGCAUACUCGUGCAGUUUCGGGUACAAAGAAGAAAGAUCACGCAUGCUGGAGUAUGAAGGAGUGGGGGGUAAGGACUGGAUCGGUUGGUAGUAGUGGGGUGAAGCAGGGUAGGGAGAUCUGCGUGGUAGACAGCUGAUCAGUCCGCUCGUGUCGUACGAUCGAGUGAAAGGUACAGUCAGUCGGUGGAUCCUCUUUCGUAAAGAAUCUCUCAUGUUUCUCUCGUUAAGUUACGUGUUGUGACAAGGGCACUUCUGUUAGCAAAUUUUUGUCUACAUGAUAUCGUCGUCGCUCUUUAUGCCAUUUGAAAUAAACUCGAAUUGGGGAAUAAAAGGUGCAUCGGUUUAUUGUCGUCGUCGUGGUAAGCGUCAUAUCGAGCUUUCCUCGUUGGCGUCAUCAGGUCAAUUACACCGUGCGCGUUCUUCUCUUUUUCAUUUUAUUCUUCUUUGUCAAAGAAGCUCGUGGAAGAAGGUGAAGUCUAUGACCGGACGAAACGAAUGUUUACGUUCCUAUCGAGGAAGAAAGUGGUGUGAGAACAGUGGUAGAACGUGUUCUACCUUCGCUUUCAUGAGGUUGGAGAAAAAAGAAGAGGAGGACGCGAGGGCGGACUAUAUGAUUUGCAAGCAUUGAUAAUCGUAUUGUCCCGUAGUGUGACAGACAUACAAACACCUACACAUUCAUGUGUAAACGUAUAUACUACUUUGGUGCAGUUACUCCCUCCGUUAACAUCCUUGCUAUUUUAUUUUCCUUCUCUUUAUUUAUCUAUUGCCCGUCACAACGUCGUUUUUGUUGACACGUUUAAUCAUCAUAUAUCGAUAGGAAGUUUUAUUAGCAGCAAUCGUGUUUCUUUAUAUCUCUGUAUUCGGUUUAUAUUGGCGGUAAAGUACAAAGCUUAAAAUUCAUGACAAUGCAACGAGUUCAAGAUCAAGACAAUGGGAUCAACAUCAAGUUUGGAUCAAACAAGUCCAAAAAGGGAGAUUAUCAAUUGGUUUCGCAAGAAAAGACAAAGGAAAGAAAAAGCAAUCAUAAUGGGACCAAUAAACACGAUGUGACAACGGAAGAAGAAUUAGUACCUCCAGAUGGAGGCUGGGGAUGGCUGGUACUUUUGGCAUCUGUUCUUGUCAAUGUCCUUAUUCCAGGAAUGGUUAAAUCUUUUGGAGUUUUAUUUGUUGAAUUUCGUAAAGUAUUUGAUGCAUCUCCUGCUGCAGCUGCUUGGAUUCCUGCCUUAUGUUAUUUCCUCUACAGUUCACUUGGUCCAUUAUCCAGCGUGCUUUCGGUUAAGUACUCAUAUCGAACAGUUUCAUUAUUAGGAGGUACAUCUGCAGCAGUGGGAAUGAUGAUAAGUUAUUUUGCAGACUCUGUUGGCUUUUUGUGUGUUAGUUUUGGAGUAUUGGUAGGAACAGGAGCAGGAUUGGCCUUCCCUCCAACAGUAUAUAUUGUAACAUCCUAUUUUGUACGACUACGAGGACUAGCCAAUGGUUUGUGCAUCUCAGGGAGUGCUUUAGGUUCUAUAUUUCUUCCACCACUUCUCGGGCUUCUUUUACAAGAGUAUGGUUACAGAGGUGCAGUAUUAAUAAUGGGAGCUCUUACUUUAAACGUAUGGGCUUGUGCUUUGUUAUACGAUCCAGUGGAAAAACACAUGAUUCCUGCACGACCAUCACACAAUUCGAAAGAUCAUAAAAACGUAGAAAGUACACCGAUUGCUAUUACUAUUCCUGAAGAUGAAAGUAACCAAAAUAAUGUGAUUUCUUCCGACAACUCGAGCUGUGAAAAAGCUUCGCCUAUAGUGCCAAAAAGCGCGUCUAGCGUUGCAUUGGAAAAUUAUAAAAAUACUCCGGUUCAAGGAAGAACUAGAAAAAUUAGUAUGCCAACUGGCCGUGAAAUAACUGGACAAAUGCAUAGUACACCAGCCUUACACGCAGUACCUGAAAGAGGAGCUGAAACAGGAAAGUUGAUAAAACGUAAAUCAACCACUCAAUCUCCUAGUACUUCAUCAUUUUAUUAUAUUAGUACCCCUCAUCAUGGCAGCACGUUGUCUGCGUUACAUCCUGUACAUGCAUCCACAUUAACACUGAAUGCAAUAUCUAGUACGUUUACAAGGAAAGGCUCUGAUCGUGCACUGAAAGAAGACAAAAAGCCGGAAAACAAAUUCUUUGAUUUCAGCUUAUUGAGAGAUCCUAUGUAUCUCGUUAUAUUGAUCUCGAAUUCAACAAAUGCUGUUAGUUAUACAAAUUUUGUUAUAUAUUUGCCAGCUUAUGCAGAUUCGUUAGGGUUUGACAAAAGUAUGGGUCCACUUCUUCUGUCUAUCGUAUCGAUUUUAGAUCUCAUUGGACGUAUCGGUGGAUCCGCAUUAUCCGAUAUGAACUUAAUGCCAAAACAUUGGUAUUUCGUUGGUGGCUUAUUUGCUUCAGGAGUUUCCUUAACAAUAUUACCAACAGCAAACACUUAUACCUUAUUAUCUGUAUAUUGUGGAAUAUUCGGAUUAGCUUCUGGUAUAUACGUCGGAGUUACCGCAGUUAUUAUGGCUGAUAUGCUUGGCACUGAGAAACUUACUUCAUCCUAUGGCAUUUCUUUAUUCGUUAAUGGAAUUCUACAACUUAUAGGCCCUCCAAUUUGUGGUGUCGUUUAUCAAGAAAUUGUACAAUACGGUCCCAUUUUUAGUGUCUUGGGUAUCAUUUUAGUUAUAGGUUCAAUGCUAUGGGGCUUUGUUCCUUUCAUUAAAAAGAAGCCAAAAGAAUCAGAAGCUAACAGCCCAAUAGACAAAGUAUAGUAAUCUAAACUUUUUACUAAUAUAUUGAACAAUUUAUUCGAGCAAAAAAUUGUAUACGAUUAUCGAUCGUGACAUCCUUGUUAGGAACUUUAUCAUUUAACUUGAAAAAAUUGGCACAACAUCGUGAGACUAAUAUUUAUAUAUAUCAUAUAUUAAAAGAAGAAAAAAAAAAGAAACUUAUAGACAAUUAUUUAGCACUGUGAUGCUGUAUAUAUUUUACACGCACAUUUACUAUUCAAUUAUUAAGAGAGGUAUUAUAAAAAUUUAGGAAAACUUUUUGAAGACAUUAAGUCUUUCUUUUUUCACAAACAAAACCAAUUAAAAAAACCUUGCCUUGCACAUAGGAUUAUUGCUCCUUGAAAGUAAGAAUUUCAAUUAUAAAUAAUAAUUAUAGAUAUAUAUACAUCAUUACGCGUUCGUGCGUAUUGUUAUUAUGUGUGUGUAUGUAAUGUGCGCGCGCGUGUUUGAUUUUUAUUUAGUACUUAAUAUAAAGUAAUGAAGUUGGUGCUAUUUAUGUUAAAUGGAUAAAUGCAUUUUGUUAAAUGUAUCAUUUUUUUAAGAUCUUUUCAAUUUUUAUUCAUUUUUCAUAUUAAUUUCAUAAUA